AUGCCUUCCCCACAACGGUUGUCAAAAGCCGUGCUCGAUAGACAUUUUGGCAAAUAUUGUGAAGCCCUCAAGAAGGUACACGGUUCUACUCCCUUUUCUGAUCUUUUAGUUCAAAUGCCUCAAUUUGCAAAUUUUGUAAAGAAUAUUAAAGAUCAACGAAAGGAUAAGGAAGUAGUAAAUAAGAAAGGCCAUACUCUCUUAUAUGAUAACCUACCACCUAAGCUGCAUGAUCCGGGUAGUUUCACUAUUCCCUGCACGAUAAACGAGAAAUUUUUCGAUAGGGUUUUGUGCGAUUUAGGUGCUAGUGUUAACUUAAUGUCUUAUUCAUUAUAUGAGAGUUUAGGCUUGCAAGGACUUAGACCUUCCCCUAUUUCUAUUCAAUUGGCUGAUAGGACCUCUAGACUCCCUAAGGGUGUGGUUGAAGAUGUAUUAGUCACAGUGGGUGGACUUGUUAUUCCUGUUGAUUUUGUUGUCUUGGAUAAGAAGGAAGAUCGGAAGAUCCCGAUCAUACUUGGUCGUCCAUUCCUUGCCACAAGUCAAGCUUUAAUAGAUGUUCCUAAAGGACAAGUGACCAUUAGGGCCUAG